AUGUCAAAGCUCCGCGCUGAUGGGUUUGACAGCGCGGCCCUGCCCCGCUGCCGGGCGAGCCGCGGGACGGGAGCACCGGGAGCGUUCACGGCUCGUUCCCCAGCCAGCCCGGGGGAUCUGUCAGGGAUGGAGGUACUGAACCGGCUCGGCUCAGCCCCGGGCUGGAGCAUCGGCCGUGCCCGGUGCGCUCCUGAGCACAGCGAGCUCCCGGAGAGCAGCGUGCGCAUCCCUGCGCUGCAAACCCCGCACCGGGAACAGCUCCGGCCACCGAUGCUCCGUCAGGCCCCGCUCUGCCCCCCCGAGCGUGGUUUGAUAGCUCGGGACAAGUGGAGCAAAAAAAUGGAUUUCCUCCUCUCCGUCAUCGGAUUCGCCGUCGAUCUGGGCAACGUCUGGCGGUUCCCUUACAUCUGCUACCAGAACGGAGGGGGAGCCUUCCUCAUCCCCUACACGUUGAUGGCUGUUUUUGGGGGGGUGCCCCUCUUCUACAUGGAGCUGGCCCUGGGGCAGUUCCACAGGACAGGUGCCAUCCCCAUCUGGAAGCGCAUCUGCCCCAUCUUCAAAGGCAUCGGCUUUGCCAUCUGCAUCAUCGGCCUCUACGUCUCCUUCUACUACAACACCAUCAUUGCCUGGGCUCUCUACUACUUCUACUCGUCCUUCUCGGGCACGCUGCCCUGGGCGAGCUGUGACAACCCCUGGAACACCCCUGACUGCACCAACUACUUUGGGAAGAGCAACGUGACCUGGAGCAACCUCUCCAGGUCCCCCGCCGAGGAGUUUUACACGAGGAAGGUCCUGGAGAUCCAGAAAUCCGGGGGUCUGUAUGACAUCGGGGGGAUCCGCUGGCAGCUGCUCCUCUGCCUCUUCCUCAUCUUCACCAUCGUCUACUUCAGCCUGUGGAAAGGGGUGAAAACCUCUGGGAAGGUGGUGUGGGUGACAGCCACGCUGCCCUACGUCGUCCUGCUCAUCCUGCUCAUCCGAGGGGCCACCCUGCCUGGAGCCUGGAGAGGGGUUGUCUUCUACCUGCGCCCAGACUGGGGCAAGCUCCUGAGCACGGCGGUUUGGGUGGAUGCUGCUGCACAGAUUUUCUUCUCCUUGGGCCCUGGAUUUGGAGUAAUCCUUGCUCUGGCCAGUUACAACCAUUUCCACAACAACUGCUACCGGGAUGCGCUGGUCACCAGUGCUGUGAACUGCCUCACCAGCUUCCUCUCGGGCUUCGUCAUCUUCACCGUGCUGGGCUACAUGGCCGAGAUGAGGGACGUGGAGGUGGAGGAUGUCGCCAGAGAUAAAGGGCCCAGCCUGCUCUUCAUCACCUACCCUGAAGCAAUUGCCAACAUGGUGGGAUCCACCUUCUUCGCCAUCAUUUUCUUCCUGAUGAUGAUCACCCUGGGGCUGGACAGCACGUUUGGAGGCUUGGAGGCCGUGAUCACGGCCGUGAUGGACGAGUACCCCCAGGUCCUGGCAGGGCGACGGGAGCUCUUCGUCCUCGGCCUCAUCACAGUCUGCUUCCUGGGCUCCCUCAGCACCCUCACCUACGGAGGAGCCUACGUGGUGAAGCUGCUGGAGGAGUUCGGUGCUGGCUGCUCCAUCCUGGCAGUGGUGCUGCUGGAAACCAUCGCUGUCUCCUGGUUUUAUGGGAUCCAGAGGUUCUCCCACGAUGUCAAAGCCAUGCUGGGCUUCAGCCCAGGGCUCUUCUGGAAGCUGUGCUGGGUUGCCAUCAGCCCAGCCUUGCUGGCGUUCAUUGUCAUCAGCUCCCUCCUGGACCAGCCACCCCUGACCCUCUUUGAGUACCAGUACCCCGAGUGGAGCAUCUCCCUGGGAUUCCUCAUCGGGGCGUCGUCCUUCAUCUGCAUCCCCCUCUACAUGGUGUACAAGCUCGUCUGGACACCGGGGUCCCUCAAGCAGCGCCUCGCCGUCUGCAUUCGGCCCGAGAAGCUGAUGCGAGCCCCCCAGGCAGAGGGGCUGGGCAUGGCCCCCGUCCUGUAG